GUCAUUACAGAGUGCGCGCUCCGAGGAGAGGUUGCUGCUGCGCUGUUUGCGCCGCGCUCACACUUCUGCGGGACUUUUUCGUCUUAUUUUAUUUCCUGAGCAGGAAGCAGAGGAGACUGUCCACGGGUGAUGAUGAUUCAGUGGAAACUAAAGUUUGUGUCACGUGCAGCACCGACUCCGAGCGCGAGCUCCUGCUUUGUGUCUCCGCCUGAACGCUCCUGAACGCGGACCCGCACCGGUUACAGCGGGCUCUGUGCGGCCUCAAGUCCUUCCUCUCCCGCGCCUGGCAGCACCCAACGUGUCCACGCCGCGCCGUGACAGGGCUCCCCGGCACCGACUCCUCUCUGCCCCCCGUCAUGGAUGUGUUCAAGAGCCGACUUUUGGGGAUUUCCGUGGCCGUGGCGCACGGCGUGUUCUCGGGCUCCCUGAACAUCCUGCUGAAGUUCCUCAUCAGUAAUUAUCACUUCGGCUUCCUCACGCUUAUACAGUUCCUGACCAGCAGCACCGCGAUGCUCACCCUGGAGACCCUCAGGCGACUGGGGAAGGUCGAGAUCCCCCCGUUCAGCCUGCCGCUCGCCAAGGAGUUUGCCUCAGUGUGUAUCCUCUCCACGCUGCAGUCCACGCUCACGCUGUGGUCUCUGCGCGGCCUCAGCCUGCCCAUGUACGUCGUGUUCAAGCGCUGCCUGCCACUCUUCACGCUCAGCAUCGGCGUGUGCGUGCUCAGGAAUGGCGUGCCGUCUGUCGGGGUGGUGACCGCUGUGCUCAUCACCACCGGGGGAGCUGCACUAGCUGGUGCCGGUGAUCUCACAGGUGAUCCCUUUGGUUACGUCACCGGUGUUUUAGCCGUCAUCAUCCAUGCCUCCUACUUGGUUCUGAUCCAGAAAACCAGUCUGGACAGCGAGUAUGGACCGCUUACCGCACAGUACGCCAUCGCCAUCAUGGCCUCACCGGUGCUGCUGGUGUGCUCCUUCAUUUCUAUGGAUGCCAUCAACAUUUGGUCAUACAAAGGCUGGACGGACCCUCACAUCACGGUCAUCUUCAUCUUCUGCAUCUUCAUCGGCUGUGCCAUGAACUUCACCACGCUGCAUUGCACCUACAUCAACUCGGCUGUCACCACCAGCUUCGUUGGUGUGGUCAAGAGCAUCGCCACCAUCACCGUCGGUAUGUUGGCCUUCAGUGACGUUGCACCUACCAGUCUGUUCAUUGGCGGUGUGGUGGUGAACACCAUCGGCUCCAUCACCUACUGUGUGGUCAAAUACUACGAGACAAAGAAGAAGAGCUCGUAUGAGGACCUGGAGGAGGCGGGGAAGGACAACGGGCUGCCGGGCAAGCCUUACAGAGAGAAACCUCCGCUGGACGGGAGCGGUCCCACUACAGGAUCUGAUCCAGAGCAGCCAGAGUCAGAAGGAGUGCCGAGCAGUGACGAGAAGGAGGAGUCAGCAGCCACGGCCCAUUUGGCUAACGGACAGUUGUGGACGGGAGAAGGUGAGAAAGGUGUCAAUUUUCAUGUCAUGACAGAAAAAGAGGCGCUGGAGAUGCAGAGGGAGCACCUCCAAAAGGAGAACACCACUGCUGCCACGUCGCUCAGUGAUAGCUAUGUCGGAGUGUGGAGGUCCAUCAGACAUCUGCAGUUCCUAAAGAAAGACCCCUUGAUUGAAAACAUGGAGCAGCAAAGUCCGUGAGGGUGGGACUAAGAGCCGAACUAAAAAAAAAAAAAAGAAAAAAAAAAAGGAAAUUAAUGAAACGUCAAGGAAACCAGAGAAGAAGAAAAUGACUGAACCUCUACUGUAUGUACGCCAGGAACCUCUUAGUGCUUACUGAAUGCUCGUUGGUCAUGUUCACCGCUGUUGCUUCAAUUACCUCGACAAGAUCUUUUGUGCCAAAAACUCUGUUUCAUUACACAGAAGUCUGAGUGCUUUAUUUCUCUGUUGUUUAUGAGUGAAAAGAGGUUUCUGGUGGAGAAAAGUGGAUGAAGAGCUUUGGGCAGAGCUGCCCGUCAGUGAUAAAUGCUGCCUCUCGUGUCCCUCGGCUCAGUGGUGGGGUGGUUGGGGCUAGGCAGUGUGAUGUGGAUUGCGUCUUUGCUGAUUCUCCAGCUUGCCGAACAAGAGCAGGCCUUGUAGAAAAAGAGUGCAUCUUGUGCAAACUUGAAAAUCACACCCAUCAGGGAGGAGCUGAACACAACAAAGGUUUCUGUUUUGUGCUUUGAUCUUGUUUUUGAUUGGCUGUGGGCAUGCGGGCGACUCUAUGGCUGUGAUCACUCCAGGUUUCUUUGAGUUUGUCCAGCUCAAACUCUGCAGGUCUACAGUCACAUUUUACUGCUGGUUUCCGGUUUCUGUGUUUACUUUAGCAACAUUAAGUGAAAUAAUAAUCACGUCAUUUCACGCUCCGCUUCUGUCUCAUUUUCUUUUCUGUGUCUUUUCCUUAAUUUUAUAUAUGCGCUGUUCUACUGGCCAAAGUUUCAGAACUAAUGUUGGUGUAUGUAAAGGUGAUCUCUGUGAGAGAAGAGCUCAGACUUCAUACCUUUUUUUUCUAUCCUUGGAUGUUUAUGAUGUCAGUGAGCACAGAUAUUCCUUGUAUGGUCAUCUCAGCCUUUCAGUUCAGGCUUUGAGCACAGAGGCCCAACUAGCUAUGCUUACGCAUUUAACGACAGGGACAGAGAGAGAACUAAAAACACUCCAACAGCUUCUUCAAACAGGAUCAACUGAAAAACAACACCAUGGCCCAAAAGGAAACACAAGAGCAUAAUGGCCGUUUUAAACACUUGUAUUUAUUUUUCAUUUUAUGCUUUUUUUUUUUGUCAGCUAGGUACAUUAAAAAAGUUUUUUUUUUGCUUUAUAUAUUAUAAAACAAGAUGCUUUCAAAUACAAAUACUUACAAGUAUACACAGUAUGAAUACAAUUAAAUACAGCAGCAAAAAACAAGACAUUAUAAUGUGAAGCCUUAUAGUUCUGAUUUCCACUUAUUUCACUUUUGAGUCGUUCUUCAGUGACACAAUGAUUUUGAGUUCUGGUUGCACUAAACAAGCUUUGUGAAGUUCUCAUUGUUUCCAGAAUUUUUAUUUGACGGUUCAAAGUCCGCUGGAGAAAUAAUUAACAUGAUUUUAAUGCUGAUUUCAUUUCACGUCAAGGCUUGAUAUAAUUAUGGACUGUGAUUCAGUUAGCACGCAGCACACAGCAUAACAUGCUUAAGUGAAAGUAUCUUUUCUUCGCUUGUUAUCACACCAGUGUUAUAACCAUGACUGGACCGAGCAAGGAUGCUGUAGUAGUUCUUCUAUCAGGCUAGCUUAAGAAGACUUGAAGCUAAGUUUCCCAGAGAUGUAUCUAAGACUAUCUAAGACUUAUUUAUGAGGCUUUUUGUGCCAUUUGACUACGACUGGGUGCAGGGUCGGGUGGCUGUAAUAUUCUUCAUCCAUAUUCUUCAUCCAUAAGGACGUUUAUUUACCAGCAGAGCAGAAUAAAGAUGAGCAGUUCAGUACACCUAACAAUCUGAGAUUGAUUAUCUUGACAGGACACCUGUAAUUUGAUGACAGCACUUAGUUUUACUGCAACGCUUCCCCUAAAAAGCGUCUUGGCUCCAAAGAUCGCACUGUGAACACUUUUUUAUUAUUUCUACCUCCAGUAGAAAUUCGUGCCAACAGGGAGGUCUGUGCAGAGGCAUCGGGCACAAAGAAGCAAGCAUAUAAAUCCCUUAACGCACACCUUGCUGGAGAUUAUGUUAUUCUUCAUGCCUUCCUAAUAUGUUAUUUUGGGACGGGAUUACAAAUAGCUCGGGAAAAGAUUUGUAGGAGGUGGAAGAAAACGUGGCUUCAUGAUCAACUGUUGUUUCGCCAGAUUGGCGUGAUUGGAUUUGAAGAGAAUACUGGUUACAAAGAAUUUAAUAUAAUCUGCUUUAAAAACACAAACUGCUCCUCUGACAGCCUCAAUAACAUCAUGGGAGCUACAAAGAAACAGUGACAUGUGCCCCAUCGGUGAGGUAUACAGUGUCUGCGUGUGGGUUAUGGAUAAUCAGUGAAUUAAAGACAGUGAAAUCAUUUGAAGAAAGCUCAUUUUUGCAGUCAGUGACUGUCGUGGUGUAAUUAGCCUAGCUUUGCAGAGUAAAACAACAAACCCAACCUUCUACUGGUCAAAGGUUCAGAAAAGAAACUAAGGAAGCAAAACUAUCUGGUCUUGGUGCACCAGUAAACUGGAGAGGCUCGCUGCUCUCCUCCAGGCGAUUCACCGACAGUUUCUAAUGAAAUCGGUGAAAAUCAGCCUCUCUGAGGGAGAUGUGUGGGCCACUGAGCCGACCACACGUCUCAAGGAAUUAUUCAAGCGUCCUCCACAUGUGGGCUGAGCCGUCAUGGGCAGACAUUUUAAAUUAGGGCUUGGUGCUAAUGAUCACAUCUGUUCCACUGAAUAUAACAGCAGAUACCAAAGUUUAGGUAAAUAACCUUGCAUAAUCUUUUUUUAUAUUUACUAUUUUAUGAAAACUUGUAGAAAUAUUAACAGGAACUCAAAGAAAUAGUUUUGGAAGCUCUGUGGAUCUAGUCCAGUAUCAGUCUCUGUCACGAGCUGCUCAGCGUAGCUUAUUAUUAAUAUUGGAAACAGAUGGAAACAGCUAUCAUCUGCUAAAGCACAGCUCACUGACACGUCGUUUGAGAGCGACUGUGCUCAACUUUUUGACAUCAACUUGAAGAAACUUUGCCAAAGGAAUUUUAAUUCCCUGUAAAAAUAUAGCUUCUGUUUUAUUUGUUUAUGCUUGUUUAGUAAUAUAAAAGAUAAGAUGGUUGUAGAACUGAAACUAAUGUUAUUAUUAAUAGAAAUCCAAACUCAUAACUUCUGUUGACGUCUUGUGUUGAAGAUAAAAGAGGCAAAUCUUUAAACAACAAGACACUAAAGGAAGAGAAAAUCUGAAUUUUUGUGUAAAAGCUUCAUGAUACAGUGAACUUUUUCAACACUUUUCGAUUAUUCUUCCACAAGUUGACUGAUAAAUCCUAAUGUUUUUAAACCAUUUGGUUCAAAGGCUGGAAGAAUUUUAUAAAUCCACUAACAACAUGGAGGUGACCUCUUAAAACGACUGACGUCUUUAGAAAGGCAUCAGCACGUCUGAGGCACAGGAACGAAGGAAGGAUAAAGCUCUGAGCUUUCAUCCGCAUGUUUACUGUUGUGAAAGCUUCACAAUCCUUUGCUAAAUUCAGCUACAUUAAACACAAACCUGAUACUUCUGGUUGAAAGUUUUGUGUUUCUCCUUAUCUUCUCUUUUGAGCGUUCCCAGCCUGGAAAACGUCUCUUUUCCUCCCUCUGUUGGGAAACAACAGAGGGAGGAAAGGACUCAUAGAAAAUGUCUCUGGUGUUUUUCAGCACCACUAGAGCUGAAAAACUGCAAAGGUUAGCUUUAACGGCGUCCCUGCAUCCUCAAAGCUGAGCUACAACAGAGACACAAAGACUAUUAACACAAACGGGGAGCAUUCAUCUGCUCUCCUCCAAUCUUAGGCUCCUUCUCAAAGGAGGAGCUUCAGGCAUGGUGAAUUGUGUGAAGAGAAGAAGCUGUCAACCUCUGGUAUAGAUCGAUAUUGAUUUCCUCCUCACACUCUGCAAACUUCAUUUAAUGCUACAUAAGAUGUGAUGUACCCCGAAGCUGCAGAGAGCCGAGUGUGGGCUCUCUGAAGGAGCCUCGCUGAGGCGCCUUGUCCAGAUUUAACACUUCAGAAAAGAUAAAUAUGGUUGAAAAAGCAGGACGUGGAUUAUUUGUUGGUUUAAAGGUGUCUAGGGGUGAUAAUGACACAAAAGCAUGAACAAUUAGAAGCCACAAAGUGCAUAAAGGUGUUUGCUAUGUAGACUUUUCAUGUCUUACAUUUGAAAGUAAAAUCUGAAAAACAACCUGAGACCAAAUUAGCACAAUCGGCUUAUUAUUGGUCUUAGCAGGUUAGUUUCAUGUACUAAAGUAUGUAAAUUGUUACCUAUGAAAGGUGAAACAGAGUUGGUUUGCUUCCUACUGAUUUCUGUCUCAGCAUGUAAAUCAGGACAGAGCAGGUCAGCCGAACAUGGGAAUCCUAAAUUCUGGCCGAGUUGAAUUUAAUAUGUGGAAAGUAAAUCUUCCAGUCAUUAAAAAUCUCUUAUGUUUCAUUUAACUAGAGCUGGAUCACUGAAAGAUUGUUAGUGAAUCUGAGUGGAUGCAGUAAAUCCAGAACAGCUGAAACAUCUGUAUGGGUGUCUUUUUGUCACUGUUAGUCUUGUAUUAUUGUCUGUGAAAGUACUGUGUGCAACCCCUCACCAUCACCAUCACAGGUGGAUGGAUUAGCGAGUAGGUCUCCUGUCUAUCCCGGGUAAGAGCAUUUAUUAAAAAAAAAAAAAGUAAUCAACAGAACCAUAAAGAGAUAAGCCCAUGCACUGCACCUGAACUGUUCCAGAAAUUACCAACACAGAGCAGUUCUGUCAGACGCCUCGUGACCCUCUCCACUCUGUGGAUACGGUGGUGGUCUGUGGUGUUUGUGCCCUGAAGCCAUGAAAAUAAGAGCCCAGGCUAGGUGACAGGCCCCUUUAGAGGAAAACCAGGAAGUCUGAACAGUGAUGGAGACAUUAAGACUGUAGUUCUGAGUCUUUGCACUUUAUUCAGUAUUUUCUGAUUUAUUUACAGUUUCUUUCUACUAAUGCUUCACUUCCUGAGUAGGUUUAAGGCAUUGCUGGCACAUGAGAAGUCUGUAGUGACACAUCCCUAUUCGUUUACCCUCUAAACCCAAACCUGUCUCUGGCAUCAGAUAAGUGUUCCGCAAUGUGUUUUUAACAUCUGUCCUGAACCUUUUGCUCAACUGAAAGAAUUCCAAAGCAAAAAGAGUUACAACAUUUUCAACAAAAAGUCUGACCUAAAACCAAUCGGUUAAUGCCUUAUUGCCUUAAGGCACAAUGUUCCAGUCUGACGCUCCCACAACACUGAAACGCCUCACAAUACCAUCUGUGUCUGGUUCCUGGAGGUUUGUGGGAGUUACCUUUCCUGAAGAGCCAGUUUAUUCAUAAUCCAUCCAAGAUCAUGUCACAUCUUUUAGUUUUAAACCACAGUGUGUUUCGGAAACAAACCAUCAGGUGUGAAGUGGGACACAGCAGCAUGUUGGAGUUGUGGCAAACAGCCCGAUGUCAUGAAUAUUGUGAAAAGAGCAGAUGUCUUUAAAAAAGAGAUGUGAUGUGUGUUGUGCAUGAAAAGUGAGAAAUAUUUUCUGUCUUUCUAUAAAAGAGCUGUCAUGUUUUUUCUGACCGAAAUAAAGUCUGAUAUUUCAAAA